AAAGUAGCCACCGCGGAGGCUGCAACCGCCCAGCUUCAUAUCGUCAGCCUCGGAAGUUCAUUUGCCGCUGGUCCUGGCAUACAGCCCCAAGAAGAGCCUCGUGCUGCGCGACGAUCCACAAAAAAUUAUCCUCAUCUCCUGGCAGCCUCUUUGAAUGCCAAGCUCACUGAUUUGACCGCAUCGGGGUCAACUUUGCUCAAUAUCACAACGGCACCGCAAUCCGCCCCAUUCUCCAAAGCCACUUUCGCACCACAAAUUUCAAAGAUACCAUCCGACGCGAAUAUCAUCACUAUAACUGCUGGUGGAAACGACAUCACUUCGGCCUUUGCAUCCCCCAAGAAGAGUGAAUCGGUAGCGAACUUAUCGCCAGACGGGCUGAUCAAUCGGCUCGGUUCUGCUGUUGAUGAGAUACACCAGAGAUUUCCCGAAGCCCGUAUAUUCCUAGUUGAAUACCUCGCUGUUUUCGGCCCGGUAACCAAGCCCAAAAGGGAUGUUGGGCUCAGCCAGGAAAGAAUUGAUCAUCACCGCAAUGUUGCCUCUGCACUUCAAUCAGCAUACGAGACAAUCGCCUCGGCCCGCUCUGAAUGGUGUACGAGGGUACCAAUGCACACGAUCAGUCAAGCCCAUGCUCUUGGUAGCGAGGAGCCUUGGGUAGAAGGGUUUAGCUUGCGGUUGUUGUUCCAACGCGGUCCCAUGUUCCAUCCAAAUCUGAAGGGAAUGCAAUCCGUGGCAAGUCAUCUGUUUGAUUUGAUAAAAAAGAAGAAUUGA